AUGAAGGGUUGCGUUGGUGGUACUUUAUGCUGCUAUCUUGGCCUUUUGGCAAAGACAAAGAGAUUCUAUGAAACCGGGAUAGCGGAGCGAAUGGUCACUGAGAUUUUCAACAUCGAGGGCUUUCAACUUUCAAUAGACACAAUCAACAAGGCUGAGGUGGAGGUAGGUAAAAUGGUAAUUGCGGUAGAGGCGACUGUGCAAAAGUCGGAGCAUCAGCAACUGAGAGAAGAAACAAGGCUUCUCCGAGACCUCUUGGCGGAGAUCGAAGAGCCUCUAGUACGUAUUGAUGGUCAGGUCACUGACAUAGUUGUGAAAUUCGAUGAGGCUAGACGCACUCACAUCCUCACAUGGAUCUCGCGGAUUCCUUAUAAGCAGCAUCACGCGCGAGCAAGGGAAGGUCGCCUCGACAAUACCGGGGAAUGGUUUCUUGAAAUGGAGGCUUAUACCGAGUGGUACCAUGCGGAUAAAUCCGCGAUUUUGUGGUUACAUGGAAUUCGGGCCGGAAAGACCAAGCUUGCAUCUCUAGUAGUAGAUGUCCAUCUCGAGGAACUUCAAAGCUGUACGCAUAGCGAGGGUUUCGCCUAUUUCUACUGCAAUCGUAACGAGCAAGACCGUCGUGACCCCGCGUCAAUAUUCCGCGCUCUCCUUAAACAGCUUUCCAUUCACCCCAGAGAAGAUUUCGCAUCGGGUGACUUCUCAUUCGAUGAGUGUAAAACACUUAUUAUUGAGCUCCUCACUAUAAUCCCCAAAACGACAAUUAUUAUAGACGGACUGGAUGAAUGCGAUCUAAACAGCGCCAGUGAUGAUUGGACAAGAGAUGAGCUAUUAGACGCGUUGCAAGAGCUUGUCCGUACUCCCGUCAAAAGUUUAGUGAAGGUCUUCGUUUCAAGCAGGGAGGAUCAUGACAUCAUGAAGGCGUUCAAGAAGGUGCCAAAUCUCUGCAUCGGGCUCCCGGAUAAUGCAAAAGAGAUAGCACAGUUUAUAGACAUGGAGGUGCGGAAAAAGAUUGAAACCGAGAGGUUAUUGGAUGGAAACGUAGAUAAGAGCCUAGAGGAGAAGAUUUGUAUGGCGCUGAAGAGAAAGGCAAAUGGAAUCCAUGAUGUGGAGGUUGUGCUCGACGGAACCGCUCUCCCCGGAGGAAUUGGUAAUAGGAUCUGUCUCUGCCCUGAGGGUGGAAUCCGCCAGCUCUCGUCAUCGAUCACCAGCUGGAAGCGAUUCGCACAUGUGUCGGUACAAGGGUAUUUGGAGACCCUCUGGAAUGAGCAGGAAACCAAUAGCAUGGCUGCAGCAGUAUGUUUGUCAAUACUCUUGGGGAGUAUUCCGCAGAACUUGUCCAACAGCCCCGUUAUUUCGGAACCCAACUCAACUCUUACUCGACCGAGAUACCACGAUGAGUCCGAGAACGACGAGGAUUGGUCAACCGAAUACUCGACCGAUGAUCUCUAUCAUGGGUCUUUUAUUUAUGCGUUUCGCCAGUGGCAUACACAUGUGAGAUUAUGUGGCGAUAGUAUCACCGCGCCGAAAGUGGUGGAAUUGUUAAAACGCUUUUUGGGUUCUUUUGAAACACCAUCGCGUGCGUUUAUCAACUGGCUUAAGACUUAUGAAUCCCUCGAGUCGUGGGACUUUUCAGAGUCGCUAGAUCAUCACAAUAACUUUAUCUGCUUUUCGCCCAGCAUGAUGCCGAUGAUUCGCUACUAUGGGUUCACAGAUAUCAUUAUGGAUAUGUGGGCCUCGAAUGAGAGUUUCGAUGUCAGUAUGGAGAACGGUUUCGGACACCCAUUACUAUCGAUAGUUGAUCAGUUCUGCGCGCAAUAUGAAGUAGCACUGAACUAUGCCUCCGAAAAGGGCCAGGAAGAUGCUUUUCAGCACUCAGCAUAG